UGAUCCUUGAGAAGAGGAAGCUGAGUGAGAGACAGCGUGUAAACAAAUCACCAGAAUGGCUGGCAGAGGAGCAGGGGAGAACGGGAACAACCAAGGUGGCUUCCUGGAGGAGGCAGCCAGAAGCAAGGCCGAGGAGAGCUGAAGAGGCUGUCUCAUGGCAGACGACACACCGAAGCAGAGAGAGUCCUUCUCUCUCACACCUGUGAUGCACGGCCUGGAGAACAUGGGGGCUGAGUUCUUGGAAAGGAUGGAGGAAGGCCAGCUCCCCAGUAACUCAAGCCCUGUGGAGGAUGGGGGCAACAAGAACCAAGUCGCAUCAGAGCCCGGCUCCAGAUGGAGGAGUCUGCAGCUGACCGUGCGAGCGAGAAGCUUCUUCAGGGAGCACAAGCAGCUGUUUGGAUGGAUCCUCACAGGCCUGCUCUGUACCGCAUACGGUGCCUUCUUGAUCUUCGCCUGCCUCCGGAACUUCCAGAGGGCCCUGGCGCUGUUGGUCAUCACCUGUGUGGUCCUCGUCUUCCUGGCCUAUGAUCUGCUGAAGAGGCUUCUGGGGCCCAGGCUGAGGAGGUGUGUGAAGUUUCAAGGCCAUUCUCGCCUGAACCUCUGGCUGAAAAGAGGUCUUGCCCUUGCUGCAGGCCUGGGCCUGAUCUUGUGGCUGUCUCUGGACACCGCCCAGAGGCCUGAACAGCUGGUGUCCUUUGCGGGGAUCUGCGUGUUCCUUGUCCUUCUCUUUGCUGGUUCUAAGCAUCACCGGGCUGUGUCAUGGCGGACUGUGGCCUGGGGCCUGGGGCUGCAGUUUGUGCUUGGCCUCUUUGUCAUCAGAACAGAGCCGGGGUUUGUAGCGUUCCAGUGGCUAGGGGAUCAGAUCCAGGUCUUCCUGAGCUACACCGAGGCCGGCUCCAGCUUUGUCUUCGGGGAGGCCCUGGUCAAGGAUGUCUUUGCCUUUCAGGUUCUGCCCAUCAUCGUCUUCUUCAGCUGCGUCAUGUCGGUUCUCUACUACGUGGGCCUCAUGCAGUGGGUGAUUCUGAAGAUUGCCUGGCUGAUGCAGGUCACCAUGGGCACCUCAGCCACUGAGACCCUGAGUGUGGCAGGAAACAUCUUUGUGAGCCAGACUGAAGCUCCCCUGCUCAUCCGGCCCUACCUGGCAGACAUGACACUCUCCGAAGUUCACGUUGUCAUGACUGGAGGCUACGCUACUAUUGCCGGCAGCCUCCUGGGCGCCUAUAUCUCCUUUGGGAUCGAUGCUGCCUCCUUAAUUGCUGCCUCCGUGAUGGCGGCCCCUUGCGCUUUGGCCCUCUCCAAGCUGGUCUACCCCGAGGUGGAGGAGUCCAAGUUCCGGAGUGAGGAAGGGGUGAAGCUGACUUAUGGAGACGCUCGGAACCUCGUGGAAGCAGCCAGUUCUGGGGCUGCCAUCUCAGUGAAGGUCGUCGCCAACAUUGCUGCCAACCUGAUCGCCAUCCUGGCUGUCCUGGCCUUCAUCAACGCCGCCCUUUCCUGGCUGGGGGACAUGGUGGAUAUCCAGGGACUCAGCUUCCAGCUCAUCUGCUCCUACAUCCUGCGGCCUGUGGCCUUCUUGAUGGGCGUGGCCUGGGAGGACUGUCCAGUGGUGGCCGAGCUGCUGGGCGUCAAACUGUUUCUGAAUGAGUUUGUGGCCUAUCAGGAGCUUUCCCAGUACAAACAGCGCCGCCUGGCAGGGGCUGAGGAGUGGAUUGGUGACCAGAAACAGUGGAUCUCUGUCAGAGCAGAAGUCCUGACGACUUACGCCCUCUGCGGAUUCUCCAACUUGAGCUCCAUCGGCAUCAUGCUCGGAGGCUUGGGCUCUCUGGUGCCCCAGAGGAGGAGUGACUUCUCCCAGAUUGUGCUCCGGGCACUGAUCACCGGGGGCUUUGUGUCCCUGGUGAACGCCUGUGUAGCAGGGAUCCUCUACGUGCCCAGAGGGCUGGAGGUGGACUGCGUAUCUCUUCUGAACGAGACCCUCAGCAGCAGCAGCUUUGAGGUGUACCAGUGCUGUGGCCAGGUCUUCCAGGGCACCAGCUUGGAGUUCGGCCCAGAGGCCCUGGAAAACUGCUGUCGGUUUUACAAUCGCACGAUCUGCACUUAGCUGGAACUGAAUAUCUUCCUACCCUCGGGGAUCAUUCAGCCCGGGAAGUGUCUGUCCUCAAGGAGGCCGUGGGACUCAUCAGUACUUCCAGUCUACAACCGGGCAAGGGUGCUACAGGGAACGGAGACCGGCAAAUGAACCCUCCCUCACCCCACCCCCAGCCCCACCCCUACCCCCCGGUCACAUCACUGCUCCUCCAUGCCCUGCCUCUUCAAGUGUGAGUUCCCGAUGUCUCUUCUGCUCCCGUGUGCUCUGUGGGCUAACAUUCCGGUCCUCUCUACCCCUCUUUCCUCAGUGUUCGCAUGUGCACCUGCCCCAGGCCUGCUCCCUCCCACGCCUCAGACUUCAGUUCCCAGAGCGCUUUCUAAACCCGCGUCCUGUGGGACAACACUGCAGCAGGUGCGAUGGUCCCAGGGUCCCGUGACCCACUGAGUUUGGAGCGCUGAGCUAAAUAAAGGCAGACAGAGUUAGUUUGUUUUUUUAGAUGGGGUCUCAUGUAGCUCAUUCUGUAGGUGGGAAUCCCGAUCCGCCUGUUGUCCAGUACAGGUGUGCCCAUCAUACCUGACCCUUAAGAACUUGUUAUUUGAGCUGUCAAUAGGCCUCAGCUGGUAAAGGCCUCUGCCGCUAAACUCGAUGGAACUGACUCCCGUAGUAAAAGAGAAUGACUCUGACCGCGACGUGUGUGCUAUGGCAAUGCCCCCACACCCUCCCGACUAAAAAUAACAAAAUGCAGCCCUGCAGUGGUGGCGCACACCUUUAAUCCCAGCACUCAGGAGGCAGAGGCAGGUGGAGCUCUGAGUUUGAGGCCAGCCUGGUCUACUUAGAGAGGAGAGUCAAGGGUACACAGAGAAAUCCUGUCUUGGAAAACCAAUAAUGAUGAUGAUGAUGAUAUUUAAUUUUAAACCUUUAUUAUUUGUGUGUGUGCGCGCGCACAUGCCACUGCACACACGGGAGACCAGAGAGCAACCUUUGAGAGUUGGUCUUUUCCUUCCACCUUUGUAUGUUAUGGAUUCUGAGGAUCAAACUCGAGUCUUGUCUUCAGACUUGCACGGCAGGCUCUUUACCUGAGGAGCCAUCUGUCAGCCCAAGAAGUUUCUUUGUUUUGUUCUUUUUUGCUUGUCUGUUUGUUUGUGACAGGGUCUCACUGUGCAGCCCUGGUUGUCCUGGAACUCACUGUAUAGAUUAAGCUGGCCUCGAAUUUGCUUAAUUCCCCCCACCUGCAUCCUGAAUGCUGGGAUUAAGGGCGGGCACCACCACUCUCACUUUUCUUGAAGGAAGUAUCUUUUUGAAGGUGUCACAGAAUACAGUUGGGCACAUACCUCAGAGUCACAGCUUUAUUUUCCCUUGUUGUGGUACUGGCAAAUGCUUGCACAGACUGGGAUCAGGCAGGACACUCAGUGCUUUAUAGGGUUUCUUUAAGUCCUUGCGCCAAUCCUGUGAGGUUGGCACUAUUGUUAUUCCUAGUUGGCAAGUCAGAGCCCCAGAGAGGUUGAACACCUUGCCCAAUGAAACAUAGCUGGAAGGAAGGAGAAGCAGGCUUUAAACCCAGGGCAUUAGAAAGUUUUGUCAUCAGUGAUGUGUUUACUUCUCUGCUAGGCUGCCAGUGUUGGCGGAACUCUGCUGGCUAACUAGAUAGCUCCUCCUUCCUGCUUCUUUUCCUCAUGCCCUGCCCUGAGCCCAUUAGGUCAGGUUUUGAUAUUUGUUUCCAAAUAGCCAAAGACCCCUGAGCUGGUUAGUCUAAGCCUCCGCUGGCCUGUGGGCAAGUCUGUGGAUCAUUCUCCUGAUUGUAUGUUGAUAUGGGAGGGCCCAGCCCACUGUGGGCGGUGCUACCCCUAGGCAGGUGGUCCUGGGUUGUAUUUGAAACCAAACUGAACAAGACGUGAACAAGACAGUAAGCAGCGUUCCUCUGUGGUCCCUACUUCAGCUCCUGCCUCAGCUUCCCUAGGUAAUGGCCUAUGCUUGAGAUAUGUAAAUCAAAUAAAUUCUUUCCUCCUGAGCUGGUUUUGGUCAGUUUUAUCACAGCGGAGAAAGGAAACUCAAGAGAUUGGUACCGGAGAGAAGAGUUUUAUGGGUUUUGGAGAGGAUUGUGGAUGCCCUUGGGACUUUGGAAACAUUUUUUGAGUGCUUAAAACUUAAUGGGCUGUUCUGUGGGAACUUGGAAGACAAGAAUCCUGAGAAAAAUGCAGAUGAUGGAGACCUGGCUUACGAAGCUUCAGAGCCCCUCAAAGACUAGCAAGGCUACUUGUAUAAAAUUUUGAGUCCAUGGAAGUGAAACCUUUAGUUUAUCGGGACAAUCAAUGCUGGUGAGCUGGCAUGAAAAAUCAGCUGUGAUUGACAUGAACCCAGAAUUACUGAGGCAAAAAUCUUCUGGGAAGCAUUUCCUCAAGAUCAGCAUACAGAAAGGGUAGCCUGCUGGCACGUCAAGGCCGUGCAUCAAGCUGGCAGCAGAAUAUGGCAACGUGAAAGAGACUGGCACGUCAUACUGGUAUUGAAGGCCUGAAGGGGUCAUGGAGAACAGCAAGGAGUCCCUGAGGCUCAGCAUGGUGUAGACCUGGGAGGGACCAUUGGUGAAGGUGCUCUCAGUUACAACGGCAGCUCUAGGACUGCAGGGGUCAUGGAGAGAAGCUGAGGCACAGCACCACGUGCCAGGGUCAGGGCUCCUGAAGAUUCCAGGAGAGGACACCGGCAUAGGUGUGGCCUCAGUUGUGGUGAAGACCCCAGCAUAUGGGAGAUGCCAGGACUGUGGGAUGACCACCCAGGACAGCAGUAGGGAUGGAGUGGAGCUGGCCUGAGUCUAUGAGACUAGCUGUGCGUGUUAGAAAUGGCGGAGCUGGGAAAAUGGGA